AUGAAGCUUGAUAAAGCGGGGUUUAGAGGGUGUCACUCAGGAACCCAUUCAAGAUCCUCCGACGAUCUCAAAAAGGAGAGAAAGAUAACUAUGAUGCCUCAUCUGUCCCCUUCUUGGAUCUUCAUCAACGAGAGGACAUUCAUUACCAGAGAACAACUUAAUUCUUUGCUGAAGACCUAUAACAUAUUUUAUGAAAACCAGAAAAAUCUGCAAAUUUUAUGUGCAGAGGAAUUUUUUUCAUGUAAUUAUGAAUACUUAAGGGGAAUGACACGCUGGGGAGAAUUUGAUGAUCUUUAUCAUAUUAGUGAGCUAGACAGAAUCCAGAUUCCUGCGUGUGAAGCAAAGAACUUCAAAGAAGAUUAUUUAUCUUAUAACAGCAGCACUUUGAAGCCUCAUGCAGAUGAAGAGCCAGAAUCUCCACUGCUCUACAGAACUAUGAGUGAAGCAGCCUUGGUAAGAAAAAGGAUAAAGCCUCCAAUGACAGACAGAAAAGACAGACAGAACCAUAGGACCUCUAUUAACGGACAUUUCUACAACUAUGAGACAUCAAUUUUCACUCCAGCCUUUGAAUCAGAAACUAAAGUAAGAAUAAAUAGUACUAUGAGAACUGAAGAAGUGAUAAAGGAACUUCUUCAAAAAUUCAAGAUUGAAAAUAGUCCACAGGAUUUUGCUCUUUAUAUUAUAUUUUCAACAGGAGAACGGAGAAGGCUAAAGAAGACAGACAUUCCUUUAUUGCAGAGGCUCCUACAGGGACCUUCUGAAAAGCAUGCUCGCAUUUUCCUCAUGGAUAGAGAUACAGAAGAAAUUAGCAGCGAUGUGGCUUGGUACAUUAAUUUUCAUUUUUCUUUCUUGGAAACCAUUCUUCAAAGAUUAAAUAAAGAAGAAAAAAGAGAGAUUCAAAGAACAAUAGCAAAAUUCAGUACAGAAAAGGCUAUGAUACUGAAAUGUCUUCAAAGUAAACGUGUAGUAAAAACAGAGACAACAGUUUAG